AUCGUUCUCUGUUACCGUUAGUGAUUGCAAUGUUUUUGAAAGAUUGCUUUCGCCACUCAUCGAAAAAGAAUAUCAGGCAGAAGAAAUUAGAAAAAAGGCUCACGCAAAUCAAUGAAUCCUUUAAUACUUCCAUCAAAAUUCUUUUACUAGGAGCCGGCGAAUCCGGUAAAACAACCAUCAUAAAACAGAUGAGAAUUUUACACGAACAAAAUGGUUUCAGUUUUGAUGAACGUUUGAAUAAGUUGCAUGAUAUAAUAGAGAACAUUCACGAAUCCAUUUUCGAGCUAGUGCGACAAGUUAUCCUAAUGAAUCUACGAUUUGACUCGAAAGAGAAUCUGCGAUGUGCGGAAGAAAUUUUGAAGAUGGGCAAACAAGCGCCUUGGUAUCUGACCAUGAUUUAUGUUCAACGUGUUCGCAUGCUGUGGGCUGACACAGGAGUAAAGCAAUGCUUUAAACGUUCGAAUGAAUUUCAGUUGAUCGAUAGCGCCAAAUAUUUCCUGGAUCGUAUUGAGAAAAUUUCUAUGCCCGGAUACAUCCCAUCGAAUGCAGAUAUACUCAACUGUCGGAAAACUACAACUGGUAUUCAGGAGAUUAGUUUCCGAAUAAAAAUGCCGUUUGGUGGAAACUGUCAAGAAAUUCGAAUGAUUGAUGUCGGUGGACAACGGAGUCAUCGAACCAAAUGGAUGCAGGUAUUUGAAGGUAUCGAGGCAGUUCUGUUCAUGAUUGCAUGUGGCAGUUUCGAUCAAACUUUACGUGAAGAUCCCUCCCAGAACCGGUUAGUGGAAGCGUUUGAAUUGUUUCGAGGUGUUUGGCACAACCGGUUCUUAUCGGAAACGGGGUUAAUUGUGUUUCUCAAUAAGCUGGAUAUCUUGGAGCAGAAGAUAGCGGCCGGAAAAUCGAUGCGUGCAUUUUUUCCCGAAUAUGACGACUAUGUUGCACUCGCAGAUACCGAUGACGUGUGUGACGAAUUUACACGUAGCAAAAGAUUCAUCAAAUCGAAAUUGGUGGAUAUCACAAAUGAACCUCCCCGGCGUACUUCCCAUCUGGUGCGACGAAAACGAUCUUGCUACUAUCACUACACAGUAGCUACGGAUACAAACAACGUUAGAAUAGUUUUCAAUGACGUACAAAAUAUAAUUUUAGCUAAAAAUUUACAAUCAACUAACAUUGUAUAGCUCAGUGAUAACUAUAAUCUUAAUAUACAUGUAUC